AUGAAUAUUCAAGGACUCACCAAUAAAGUUAUAGACGCCAGGACAAACGAAUUUCCAAAUAGAGUGUUUAAAUUAAUUAAGCCUCUUGGAUCUGGCACAGAAGGAGCAGUAUAUAUUGCAAUCGCAUAAGGACCGGGAGAUAAUUCUAAAUAAUUUGCACUCAAGGUACAAAAAUAGAUGAAAGUCAAUGAGAGCAAUUUUAUUCAAUAAUUAAUAAAAUACCAAUAGAUCUAUGAAAAGGGAAACGAUAAAAGUUAACUUCCCAGUAACAUAAUCUAAAUAUAUGAAUAUUUCGAAUGGUAGUAAUGCCAUUGCAUCGUAAUGGAAGUUGGUUAAAAAAGUUUAUAUGAUUAAAUAACUUCCAACAAGAUAGCUUAAGAAGAGAAAGAAUAAGUUUUGAUUCAAAUUACUCAACCAAUACUAUUUUUACAUAAUAAAGUUAAACAAAUCCAUCGAGAUAUUAAACCAGAAAAUUACAUCUUAGUAGGGGACACUUUUAAGUUAAUUGACUUUGGUUGGGUUAGGGGUUCAAACCCUGCAGAUUUAAAAACAAUGCAAGUUGGCUCUUUAAUCUUUUAAGCACCAGAAAUCAUAUAAAAUAGCAAUAAGUACACUGAUAAAAUUGACAUUUGGUCAUUGGCAUGCGUUUUUUAUGAAGUAUUAACAUCUAAGUCAUUAAUUGAUGGAGAAAAUUUCCAAUAAGUAACCUCAUAAAUCACAAAUCAUGGUAAGUUUCCAAGUUACCUAAAUGAGAAAAUUAAUAAAUUGUAGACUUCAGAAAAAAUAAAAAAACUUAUAAUUAAUAUGUUGUCAUUUGAGGAAGCUAAGCGACCAACAAUUCAAUAGGUUUAUAAUGAAUUGCAAUCAUGCCUUCAAGAAAAAGCUGAGAUCUUAAGAAUUUUUGAAAGAAUUAAAAUUUUAGAAAAAAAUUAAAAAAAUUUAGAAUAAUAAUUUGGGAAUGGUAUUUAAUAAAUUUCAGAAGGUGAAUAAGAAUUAUUUGAUAAAUAAAUAGAAUCCUUGAAAGUUGAAUUAAGCCAAUUAAAUAACAAAUAUUAAGAAAUGGACAAAACAAAUAAAAAUUAAUAAUAGUUUAAUUUAGAAUUCUAGAAUAAAAUGGACACUCUUAUAAAGUCACAUUUACAACAAACACAACCAUAAUUUGAUUCUUUAUAGAAAUAAUUAGAAGGAAAAUAUUCUGAAUUAGAAAUUAAAAUUACAAAAUAACUAUUAGAAAAAGAUGAAUAAAUAGAAUCAUAAAAAAAAUAAAUUUAAUAAUAAAUUAAUGAGAAAAAGUAAAUGGAAGCAAACUUGGCUUCUGCUUUAAUUAAAUAAUAAAAUUAAUAAAAAGAUUUUGAAUCCAAGAUUUAAAAUAAAAUAAGUAAUAUAGAAAACUCUAUUGCAGAAAAGUUAUUAUCCAAAGAUUAACUAAUAGUAUCUUUAAAAUAAUAAGUUGAAUAAUAAAGUAAUGAGAAAAAGUAAAUGGAAGAAAGAUUGAAUUCUGCUUAAAUUUAAUUAUAAAAUUAAUAAAAAGAUUUUGAAUCCUAGAUUAAAAAUAAAAUAAAUAAUAUAGAAGGCUCUAUAUCAGAAAAUUUAUAAUUAAAAAAUUAACUAAUAGUAUCUUAAUAAAAUUAAAGUUAAUAAUAAUCUAAUGAGAAUAAGCCAUUAGAGUAAAGAGUAAAUGAUUUUUUAACAUAAUUACAAAAAUAGUAAUAAGAAUUUGAAAUCAAGUUAGAAAAAAGCAUUUUGAAUAUAAAUGGAUAAUAAUGCAAAUAAUAAGAAACUAUAAUAAAUCCCAAUAUCUAAAAUUAUAUAGAAGAUAGGUUAAUAGAGUAUUUUAAAAAAUAAAUUGAAGAAUAUAAAAGCCAAUUAGAAAACAUUAAUUAAAAUUUGUUAGAAAAUUAGAAGAAAUAUUUUGAUGAUCAAUUUUUGACAAUUCAAUAGAACAACCUAAAUAAAAUUCAAGAAUGUUAAUAAUAAAAUGAGAUAAUGCACCAAAAUAUGUACCCUUCAAAUGAGAUCAAUAAUAAAAAUAUUGCUAUUUAAUAAUAGAAUUUCGAAGAGUCAAACUUAAGUAACAAUUAAGGAUUAGAUAAAAACUACAUCAAUAAUUAACAACAAGACUAGGAUGAAUAAAAGUAAAAUAAUACUGAAACUCUAAAGGAAAAUGAAAUAUAAAGCACAAAUGAACAAAUGAUAAGUAAUUAAAGAUCAAUUGAAAACGAUGCUUAAUAAUAAUGCUAAGAGGAGUAAUAAUAGAGUAUAUAGGAAUCAUAGUUAAUAGAUACAUAACAAUAAAACACAAAUGAACAAAGAAUAAACAAUUAAGGAUCAAAGAAAAAUGAUGAUGAAACCAUCAUUUCUUCUGAUAAUUAAAAUCUUUAAAAAGAUGAAAAUGAUUUACAAAAUAAGGAGGGGUAAAUUAUUCAUCAAAUUAAUAUGUAACUCCAAAAGUUUUAGUAGGAGCAAGAGAUUUUUAAGAAGCAUUUUAAUUAAUAAAGCUAAACUCUGAUUUAGCUAGAAUAAAAUUUACAAAAGUUUUAAUAAGAAAGUUUUGAAAAAAUAGCAAAACAAAAAGAAUCUGAUUAACUAAAUGAAAACUUAUAAAAGUUUUAUAAAGAAAGUUAGGCUGAAAACGAUACAAAAUAAAAAGAAUAUGAUGAACUAAAAUUAAGCUUUCAAAAGUUUUAAUAAGAAAGUUUGGCUGAAAAAACAGCAAAACAAAUAGAAUAUGAUUAACUUAAUGAAAAUUUAAAAAAGUUUUAGAAAGAAAGUGAGGCUAAAAAUGUUACAAAACAAAAAGAAUAUGAUGAUCUAUAAUUAAGCUUUCAAAAAUUUUAAUAAGAAAGCAUGGCUGAAAAAACAGCAAAACAAAUAGAAUAUGAUUAACUUAAUGAAAAUUUAAAAAAGUUUUAGAAAGAAAGUGAGGCUAAAAAUGUUACAAAACAAAAAGAAUAUGAUGAAUUAAAAUUAAGCUUUCAAAAAUUUUAAUAAGAAAGUUUGGCUGAAAAAACAGCAAAACAAAUAGAAUAUGAUUAACUUAAUGAAAAUUUAAAAAAAUUUUAGAAAGAAAGUGAGGCGAAAAUUGCUACAAAACAAAAAGAAUAUGAUGAUCUAAAAUUAAGCUUUCAAAAGUUUUAAUAAGAUAGUUUGGUUGUAAAAAAUCAGAAACAAACGGAAAUUGAUCAACUGAAAAAAAGUAAUACUGACUUUGAAAAAUAAUCCUAAAAUUUACAAGCAGAACUUUUUAAGUUAAGAUAGGAAAAUAUUGUAAAAGAAAAAAAUCUAACUUAUUUAUAAGAAGAUUAUAAAAGUAUGUAAAUAAGCUUGGAUUAAGCAAAGCAACCUUUAAAUCAAGUGAAGGACUUAAUUGUUUACUUUAAAGAAAAAAAAAAUUUAUUAGAUUUUUCGACUUAGCACAAUGUUUAAUUUAUGGAAUUAGUGGGGGCAAUAAAUAGUACUUGUUGAAUUCAAUAUUGAAAAAGUGAUCGUAAAAUAUUAAUUAUUAAUAAAUAAUGUUAUUUUUAUAUU